GUUGCGUAUGCCAAGAUAAUUAAAUUACUCUAUCCUAUAACUAAAAAAAAUGAUUAAUUAAAUUAAACAAUUGAUUAAUUAAUUAAUGUAUACUAUAAAUAUAAACUCCUAGUUUUCAUUCAAUCCACGACUCCAUUGAUCAAAAUGGCUCCAACAAUUCUGCCCCUGGCAACUUUAUUUUUAGCUUUCUCCGCUUCAUUUCUCCGGAUCGGAGAAGCGGAAGCAGAUCGACUCACUGCACACAAGCUUAAUUCUCAUAUUCUUCAGGAGUCAAUCGCUAAAGAGGUUAACGAAAACCCAGGGGCAGGAUGGAAGGCUGCUAUUAAUCCUCGCUUCUCCAAUUCUACGGUUGGACAAUUUAAGCGCCUUCUUGGAGUCAAACAAACGCCUAGGAAUGAACUCAGUAGUAUACCUGUCGUAACUCAUCCAAAAUCAUUAAACUUGCCAAAGGAAUUUGAUGCAAGGACAGCUUGGCCUCAAUGUAGCACUAUUGGAAGAAUUCUAGAUCAGGGUCACUGUGGUUCUUGUUGGGCAUUUGGCGCUGUUGAAUCAUUAUCAGACCGUUUUUGCAUUCAUUUUGGCGUGGAUGUGCCCCUUUCUGUUAAUGACCUUCUUGCAUGUUGUGGAUUUCUUUGUGGGUCUGGCUGUGAUGGUGGGUAUCCCAUUUCUGCAUGGAAAUACUUUGCACACCAUGGUGUUGUCACUGAAGAGUGUGACCCAUACUUUGAUCAAAUUGGAUGUUCUCAUCCUGGUUGUGAGCCAGGAUAUCAAACUCCCAAGUGCGUUAGAAAGUGUGUAAAGGGAAACCAGGUUUGGAAAAAGUCAAAACACUACAGUGUCAAACCAUAUAAGGUCAACUCUGAUCCCCAAAAUAUCAUGGAAGAAGUUUAUAAGAACGGGCCGGUUGAAGUUGCAUUCAGUGUUUAUGAGGAUUUUGCUCACUACAAAUCAGGAGUUUACAAACACAUCACAGGUUCUGCACUAGGCGGUCACGCAGUAAAGCUGAUUGGGUGGGGAACAAGUGAUGAAGGGGAGGACUAUUGGCUUCUUGCAAAUCAGUGGAAUACAAAUUGGGGAGAUGAUGGUUACUUCAAGAUCAGGAGAGGGACAAAUGAAUGUGGGAUUGAAGAGGAUGUUACAGCCGGUUUGCCUUCUUCCAAAAAUAUUAUAAGAGAGGUGUCCGACACGGAUGUUGACGCUGACGUUUCCUUCUGAAUGUGAAUAUAGUAUUACUUUAACAGUUAGAUUUUAUGUUGGUAUUGAAAAUCUGCACCAAAUGUUGUCUGUUAUAUUUAUGUAUAUUUUAAGGGAAACGAUCUUAAUUAUGACUAUGAUGUAGGGAGACAGUAAGCUUUUGUGGUUUAUACAAUGAGAUCACAUCAAUUAAGAGGCUAACUGCCAUAUUUAUAGUACA